CCUUCGACGAGCGGCUCGUCCUCUUCGGGACACGGAGCCCCCUCAGGGGGCGGCGGAGCGAACGACGGCGAGAAAAAGAAGACCACGAAGCGCGUAAGUAUCGCGGUCGCGCUAGAGGAGUUUUUCGAUAUGGCCAGUGGUCUCGCGAAAACGCAGAUCGAGAAGACCAAGAAGGGCGCCAGUAGUCGGGACCAGCUCACCGCGAAGAAGAUUGCGCGCGCGCGGAGGGGCCGCAAAAGUUGGUUCUUGGUGAAGGACCUCUGCUUCAAGCAGACCGGUGAAGACGCAGAGCUGUUCCGCGAGUUCAAGAAGGCCAUGCUCGAUCCUAUGACUCGGUGGAAGGCCCAGGGAUUCGCGCCCUACACGGAUAAGCAGGACAUCAAGCGCCAAGCCAUCGUGAUGGCCGACCGCACCCGCCAUGACCGCUUUUACAACGAGAAAUAUCUUGACACGCGAGAGCUCAUGUUCUGGCACGGUCCCAAGAUGGUAGCCGUAGCGGAUCGGGUGGAGCGCGAAGAAUAUGCUGUAGCAGAUGAAGCACUACGGCAAUGGCACCGCGACGCGGACACCAUCCGAAGGAUGUCGGAAGCGGAUCCGGACAUCACGGAGCAGGACAUGCAGCAGGCCUUAGAAGACCUAGGCGACAAGCCGAAGCUUCCCAAAAAACCCCUGGAGGAACGCAUCGCAACCACGCUCUACGGUAUUUCUAUUUGUACUUCCAUAAAGUAGACCCGCCGAUCCAGUUGCAGGCUUCGCUCUCAUAGUUAUCUUUCGUCAUCUGAUUCUGAAUGAAUAUCGUGCAUCGACUUCGAAGUCCUUCCGUUCGAUUUUAGAUGUUUUUGGAUUGAUGAGCAAGACACAGAAGUAGUGGCAUUCUUUUUUCGAAGAUCUCUCUUCGAAGAUCUCUCUGUCAAGAGCAGUAUUCAUCACGUUCAAGUUCAUGAUGACAUCAUGAGAUAAAAUAUACACUCCACCGAUGCGUAUCACCACAGGUGUCUCGGACCCACCGGGAGUGCAUCAAUUCGCUAGCCUGAAGCGUCUUAAGCUGGUCGACAAGGACAUGGAGCUGAUGAAGACGCAGGCCAGAUUGCGACAGAGUAUGCAGCUCUGGGGUCCAAUUGCCGGAAACCAAAUGCUAGCGAUUAUGGGCGACGGGUUGCGACCACAGGAUAAGAACCGGCACGGCCGUGGUAGAGAGCGAUCCUCGACGAGCAUCCAUGCGGAUAAGGGUGAGACUGUGCAGAUCUUGACGCUGCAGGAGAAAAUUGAGCAGUCUAGCAGUGGAGCGAUAGAUGUGGAGCGUUUUCUGACGUUCGUGAUUGACUAUUUCGGUUCCCUGAAGAAAGUUUUUGAUGCCAUUGCGACCAGCGGCGCCGGCGACGAAGACCCAACGAAAAUCACGAAGCGCCGCUUUACCAAGUAUCUGUGGGAUGCGCUUCGGCUAGAAGCGAGUUUGCUUUAUUCCUUUCUGGACGAGGAGCAUCGAGGCUACUUCACAUUCGACGACCUCUACAGCUUCAUGCCCUAUCUUCAGGAUCUGGUAAUCCGGAUCGCCGCAGCUGCUCCACCGUCGCCCCCACGUGCGUCGGAUGCUCGCAGCAGCAGCGGUAACGAGGACACAGCGACCGCGUAUGACAACGAGUCCGAAGCACCAGCUCCGACAAGCACGACGCAACUCACUGCUGUCGCGACUUCUAAAACGGUCAUGGACAGACAGGCAAAAGUGGUAAUUAGAACUUGAGAGAUUUUGAGUAUUUGAAUAUUGAGAGAGUAGGUCGUCAUAUUUGGCAGCUUCGCAUGAUCAUGCGUAAGCGUAUGAAUUAUUAAAGUGGUACGAUGACAUAAGUAUUCAGCGUCAUCCUAUUACUGAAGUUUGCUGCCGGCGCUAUCUUGAAUCACUAACUCACUGACUUCAUUACGUUUUCACACUUCUUGCAGGACCGUAGUUCGAACAAGAACGUGAAAGUGCAGAUGGCAGUGCAACAGCGGCAAAAGGCUGAGAGUGCAGCAAAAGCGAAGGAUGCACUGGGACGCUUGUCUAAUCGGAUGCAUGGUGACGGUCAUUCCAGCGGAGGGAGUGCUUUGUCCGGCUCGCCGCCUGGAUCGGCACCCUCCGGCUCGGCAGGCGGCUCCGCCGGCAGCGUGGGUCUCGGCGGUUUGCUGGGCACAACCACGAGCAGUGCCGGUGGGAAAUUAGACAUCACUGGAUCAAGUGCACACUCUGGAAAAGACCACGGCUCCAGACCCACAACGACCUCGUCCUCCGCUGCCGGUGAGGGGCGCACUAAUGGUACCGGCACCGCGGCGAGUUCGCGUCCGGAUUCCGUCUCGAGCCGUUCCUCUCCUGGCUACUUCGCGAGCCGCGUGAGCACGGAGACCGCGCGCGCCAUCGACAUCUUCGCUGACGUACGCGAGCAGAUCGGCAAAGGAAGCGGUGGGACCGGUUCGAGCAAGGGUUCCUUCGAGCAGCUCUUUAACUUGUCCAAAAAAGAGCGAACCGCGCCCACAGGCGAUGUCUUCGUUGAGCGUGCGCGCAACGGGUACAAGAAGCCUUUGAUGCUCUUCAUGCACCAGCUGGACACGGGCGCACAAGGUUGUCCCAAGGCACCUAGUUGCGUCAUGUUCCGGGGAUCGGAGCAUGUGAAGAAGUUGCAGAUCGUCCUGAACCUAGUUCAGAAAGUGUGUCCGCCGCCGACGGGACGCGCGAAGAAACUUUUCGACGCAUUCACAAGAGAGCGCAUUCUCGAUGUGCGGGACCUGAAAGACGGCGGCCACUACGUGGUAUGCGGAGACGCGAUCUUCAACGUCGAGAAAACCAUCUUUUCAGGCAAAGAUUUCAUGGUGGAGACUGACUUCGACAAGGAUGCGGUGACGCCCUUGCCUGCCUUCUUAGAGCAGGUCCAACACUGGACCGAUGACAAGUUGCAGCGCGUUCGCGACCGCCUUCUACCCUCUUCGCAGCCGCACUUCGAUCUCUUCGAGACACAAAAGAUGCUAGACGAGACUGGCGGGGAGCUACAGGAUCAUCGUCCAAUCACACCCGGCAGUGCCACAGGGCGCUCCUCCUGCUACAACAACUUCCGCCCCGGCGUUGCGAGCGUGGUGCACCAAGGUUCGGCGAUCAGCUUGGUGCCGCGAACAGAUGAAGAUACAGAGCAGCAAAUCUUGGCUGGAAACAAAGCGAAGCAGAGGAGAGUGCACGCCAUGGCUAUCGCAAGCGCAGGGGCUCUGAAUCGACUUCCGACGCAGGCGCUGUUUGACAUCGACGAUUUUCAAGACCGACAACCGUCGAAUUCGCGCCGCGCGCGUGCUAUUCGCGGCAUCACCUACGCAUCGACUUUGACUGGCGAGGACCAAACCAUGCAGAUGCUGGGAGAGGGACCCGACGGACCUCCUCAGAUGUUCAGCGGCCGCGAUGCCGCAACAGAACGUCUAAACGCGUUAGCGCUGAACGACGACGAAGAGGAAGGUGGCGAUUUUGUCACGAUGAAUGAGGACGUUGGCAUGGAUUUGAUCACGCCUUCGUACGCCUACGGAGACACGAAGAGAGCGGGCAGCAGUAGCAGUGGCAUUCCUUCGAGGACUCGCAGCAUCGAUGCGAAUAGGAAUGCAGGAGGUUUGCCACCAUCGUCCCCAGCACGCACUGAUGGAGCCGGCAGUGGUGGCGACCCCGACAUCCACGCGCUCAAUAUCAACUUGCUUGGCGACGAAACAGAAUCCAUGCCGCAGCUCCAAGGUGAGUUGGAUCCAGCCGCCCCUGGCGAAAGUAAAGCUGAGCUCGACGAAUGGUUAGCGGGCUUGGACCCAGACCAAGCGAAUUCCGCUGCCACGAAGUUGCAAUCUAGAAGACGGCAAAAAGUGGCAAACAGCACUGUGAGUGAAAAGCGGACAGAAAAAAUGAAAAAGCAAGAACAUCAAAAGUGUCCGCCAGCUUCUAGCAGUACUCUCCAGGGGGGCACCAGCGAGAGGCACACGACAACGACCAGUAAGAGCGAAGAGGGCGAAGACUUGGACGAGUGGCUCAAGUCCCUUGGCGAAGGCGCUGACGCUGCAGCCUCGCGCUUACAAGCAAGACGUCGGCAGAAGACUGCUGCUGCAGAGGCUCGCCGGCGUCGUGCGCAGAAGGCGAACGACGCGACGCGCGAGGCGAAUGCCAAAGCUGAGGCCGAGCGAAAGCGUCAGGAACAAGAAGACCUAGAAAAUUGGGCUAUGUGUCUGGGUGAGGAGGCCAAUGAGGCUGCCACGAAGAUGCAGGCGAAGCGGCGUCAGCGAGCAGCGGCCGCCGAGGCGAAGGCCCGGCGCGCGCAACGUGCACAAGAGAAGGAGCGCUUGGAUGCGCAGCAGCGUGAAAAGCAAGAGCUGGACGAGUGGAUGCAAAAUCUCGGCGAAGAGGCCGAAGCUGCAGCCUCCAAGCUCCAGGCUCUGCGCCGUAAGAAGUCCGCAUCCGAGGAGGUGAAGCGAAAGCAGGCGAAAAAACGCGCUGCGGAGGACCAGGCGGCGAAAGUCCGAAAAGAGAUGGAAGAGGUCCAACAGUGGGCAGCAAGUCUUGGCGACGACGCCAAUGCGGCAGCUAGUAAAUUGCAGUCCAAGAUCCGCGCUAGAAAAGCGGCAGAGGAGGCAGCCAAGGAAAAACAGGAGCAAGAGCAGAAGAGAGAGGCUGACCGUGAGCGGCGCAGGCAGGAGAUGGAACGCCACGAUGAAAUCAUUCAUGGCGGCCACACGCCUCGAGAAGCAACGCCUGAAGACGCGGAAGAGCAGGCUGCUCUUGAAAAGGAGAAAGCAGAAGUCGAGGCGUGGGCAAAGGAUUUAGGAGAAGAUGCAGACAGAGCUGCGACGAAGCUGCAAACGCUGCGUCGACAGAAGGCCGCACGGCGUGAGGUGUCGAAGAAGCGCGAGGCUAAGAUGAAAGAGGAAGCUGCCAAGAAAGAGCAAGAAGAGAUCGCUGCGUGGGCUAAGGACUUGGGAGAAGAAGGUAAUGCCGUUGCGGUCAAAAUGCAGGGUAAAGCACGUCAGUGCGCUGCGCGAAAGGAGGUAGAGAAGAAGCGCAGCGCCAAGAAGGAAAGCGACGCCGCGCUUGAGAAGAAGCGCAAGGAAAAGGAGGAGCUGGAAGUCUGGACGAAGGAGCUUGGCGCCGAAGCCGACGCUGCGGCACUGAAAAUGCAAAAUGUGCAGAGGCGAAAGCAAGCUUCUCGUAAGGUGGAGCAACGUCGAUCCGAAGUGAAAGCGAAAGGAGAAGCUGAAGCUAAGAGAAAAGCAGAACAAGCAGAGCUCGGCGAUUGGGUCAAAGGGUUAGGCGACGAUGGUCACGAAGCGGCGUUGAAAAUGCAGAAGAUGCAACGCCAAAAGCUGGCCAAACGAGAGGCACAACGCCGGCGAAACCAGGGCAAGAAGGAGCUGAAGCCGUUGCUACCGGGGCAGUACCGGGAGCCCUCUGCACCGAUCAUUUUUGACUCGGAUGACGAGCAGCAGAAGCGCGAGGAGGGAGAACUGAAAAUGGAAGUCAAAAGGGUCCCGCAAGCUGUGACUGAUGCUGCGGAGCAAGCUGAAGCUCUUCCGGCGACCACGUCUGCAACUGCGGCGGUCGCUGUUGCUGAGCAGGUCACUCAAGAAGGAGAGAAGCCCACCGUCACUGGACCUGUGGGUGCGGAAGCCGACGAGUCUAGUCCCACUGCCCUGACAGGUACCCAAGCGACAACUAUUGAACCAGCCGAAGGAGCUGCAGCUCAGGAUUAUGGACAGCCUAGUUCUGAAGCAAACGCAGCCGCAGGGGACGCUGGAGCCGCCUCCGCAACCGAUCAUAUCCUCACUGACUUGGCACAACAGACUCCCGCAGUCGACCAGACGCCACUCGAUGACCAUAAGGCAACACCUCCGGAAGCAAGCCAAACUGCAGCAGCCCCAAUCACUGAAGGCAAUGUUGCUCUUGACCAGAGCGAAGACGCUGCAGCACCCGAAGUUGUCGUCGACGCAGUCGCGGACAAGGCUGCAGAAGCUGUGGAUGCCGCCUCUGCAGAGGCUCCGGCAGAACGACCUGAAGAAGUUGCGCAGUACAAAACAUGCGAUAUCGAAGAAACUAAAACACCCGAUGAGGAGAAGCCAGCUUCAGGGGAUGCUUCUUCCGAAAUCAAACCAACAGUUGAAACAGUUGAAGGAGAAGAUGCGAAGCCCGCAACAACUUCCGCCGAAGAGAGUCCAGCUGUUGUGGCAAGUGAGGCGACAGCAGCUUCUCCAUCAGCUCCUGCAGAUGAGGCAGCAGCGCCAGCAGCGAAGGAAGACACCGAGCUCUCGCCGCGCGAGGAUGAAAGCAAGGGCGUUGAAGGAACACAUGAAGUCGAGUUCGUUAGUUCGGGAUCAGAGGAAAUGCACAUCACAUUGUGGAAAAACAAGUCACCGCCCAUUCCUGUCGACGACAAAAAGGUCGGACCAGUGCUGAUUGCAAGAGGCGCAGACUUUCUCUCAACUCAGAUGCGGCGACGGAAAGGCCCAGCCGUGCAGUCUCAAGGCCAGUCCCGUCUUGAAAGCUUGCCGGAAGGAUCCUAUGCACGCCAUUACUACAAUCACGCUGUGACCGACGUGCCGCAGCACCAGGGAGAGAACAGGAGGGAUUCAACAAGGAAUAACCAAACUGACGAGCAACUGGGGCCAUCAGCGUCUCAACAAGCCAACGGUAGAUCUGUCGACAACAUGGGAGAUAUCGAAACUCUGGGUGUCGAGGACGACGAACUCUCUUCAAGGCAUUCGCGUAUGCACGAUCCAACACUCACGGAGCUGGUAUGCGAGCAGGAAGACCUCGCGGAUUCGGUCGAUCGCACCAGUUUUGCCCAUCUGGCUCGACUUGGACGGGUGAAAGUGCCGCUGAAGGAGGAGCAUGAAGACGAUGCCCAGGGCGGCAAUGUUGAUACCUUAGCCACUGGAGGUAGCAAGACACGCCUACAGAAGCCUGGAGGAAAAGGUCACCGAGGCGGCACGCACUCGUCCAUGAAGCAGGAAAGCAGUGCUUCUAUGUCCAAUACUCACGAGGAAUCGGGAUCCAUCAUGUCGCGUAGCUCCGCUGUCUCCUUCAACUUGGAGGCAGAGCGCGUGGACAUGGUUGUACCCGGCGGGGACGCAGAAGAGGACGAAGAGGAGUGCGACGACGAUUUCAGCGACUUCCAAAGCGCCAGCGUGCGCGCACUUCCCAGGGGCGAGUCCGAGAAGGCCGAGCAAGAGGAGCGACACGAGCGCAAGCGCUUCGCUUCACCGCUUCAGGCUAAGCGCGAGAAACAAAUGGCGCGCCUAGGUACGGGCAAACUCACGGACACCUUUUCGUUUGACGAAUACAGCAGUAGUUCUGCGAGCGAGGAGGACCCCGACGCGCCGUUGAAGGGCCUCGAGCUGAAUGCAAAGAUGGUAGAGCGCUCCAUUUCAACCUACACUCACGGUGAAGAUGUGAAACGCGAGUGGCACCGAGAGUACAUCGAGCGUCUGGGCAAGCGCAAGGCACGCGAGGAUUACGAGCAUGAAAAGCUGGUUGCAUUGUCCAACUUGGUCGGCAUUUCCAUCGACAAGCUUCAGCGCGCCGGCGGCGACGACGCUGAGCACGAGAAUAAGCGCAAGAAAGCGUUCCGCACCUUUUCUCCAAGCUAUCUGGCGCAGCGUCAGAGCUUUCUCGAGGAACUCGAGAAAAAAUCUCGGGACGAAGUCGACGCCACCCUCAACAAUAUGCGAAUGCACCAGGAAGAAGUAGAGCGCGUGGGCAGUCGUGGCGCUCGCUUCGGUAUUUUCAAGAAAGUAGAGGGCCUGGAAGGCGAUGCUUGGCGCCACUCCAAUUCGGUUCGUGGCAGCUAUCCCGAGAUUAUUGAGAUUCGCCAAAAGCCGACGGGGGACGCCGCGAAAACCGCAAAGCCGGAGAGGCUUCCACCGAAAAUGAUCCUGCGUUCUGACUCGCCAGAUCUCAAGACGUAUGGCAAGGAGUACCCAUACAAUUCAGUGGCCGAGCCGACCAAACUGAUGCGACGCCUGCGGAAGUUCGAGAACAGAAAACGCCACGCUGCGAUUGCGGCUUACCAUCGCGUAGCAAUGCAGAUGGAAGAGCAGGCGGUUGCCGAAGCGGCUAGGAAGGCUGCUGAGAAAAAAACUAAGCAAGCCGCAUCAGUGCCAACAAGCAGUCAGCCUGUGGCCCCAGCGACGACAAAAGAGCAAGAUGCCGAGUAUUACGUCGCGAAUUUAUCACUGUCCGGAAGUGGAACCGACGAAGGCGCACUACAUUCACAACGAGCAAUCUCUUUUGUCGACCAUGUGCUGGACGACGCAAUUGAUGCAGAAGGUUCCAAGGCGGCAAAAGCCUUCACUACUUCGACGCAGGUACCCGCUGGCGAAACAGCACAAACGGUAACGGCCCCUCCCGUCGCGACUAUAGCCCCACCCAACGAACAGACAACGCAAGUUGCUGCUGCCGCACCCGGUGCUCAGCCCAUAGAAGGUGGUGAAGGGCAGGAAGAGAAAGAGGAGUCGCGCGCACCGAAAAUGUCUUCAGACGCGAUGGCACGGCAAGCAAUGACGCCACGGAUGCGAAGGGAGUUGAUGAAGAAGAGUAAGAUUUGCCAACAGGUGAAAGAGUGGUACUUGGAGCACCAGCAGAAGCGGGUACAAGCCGGCUUGCCUCUCCAUCUCCAAAGCUUCUUCAACAAGGAUUCGAAUGUGCGCCAGGGCGCGAAGGGAUCGGCGAUGGCCCUGUUGGCAGGUGGGGCGAACGCGAUGAAGCGCAGGAACGAGAUCAAGCCGGAGGAAGACGUACCUUCGACCUUGAUCCGUGAGCUUAUCAUGCGCUACGGCCACGAGCUGAUGCCAAGCACGGAAGUCACGAGUAGCAACGCGUUCGAGAAGGCUGCCAAACAGGCGCUGGCCGAGCAGAGCGUCGUGGACUACAAGGUGGAGUGCAUUCUCUUGCAAACGAUUCUAGACGCGAUGAACCUCCUCCCGGAUGAGAGCAGCUCAGACGACGAUGACCGCGAUGGCCUGGACGACGAUAACUACAGCCGCACUGUAAGUGGCAGCUCUAAACGCAAUCGCAGCGAAGCUGAGGAGGACCCGGAGAAGGAACAAGAUAGCGAAGCAAAGCGACUGAAGGAGCAGGUCAGCGAGCAAAUCGUCUCGCGUUUGCAGCAGCAGUUUGGCGUCAGCUUCUACGCGACCGAAGGUCUCACUGAGGUCGACUCUGAGCGUGUCCUCAAGGGUUUAGCGGGACGCGAACCGGACUUCUUUGUUGCUUAUCGCGUGGGCCCAGGCUUCGGAGGCCCGAAAGGCGUCAUUGGUGACAAUCUCCCGUUGAAAAAGAACAUCAAGGGCAUGCGUGGUUCUGGCCCGGGCAGUACGCCAGCGUCUCCCGUUGCAGGAAAGGACGCGGGAGAGGCACCCGCGACAGCCGAGCGUCUUGGCUCUGCCGGUAAGCCACUAGGCACUGCCGAUACCGAUAGCAAAGGAAAUAGAAGUGCCGCCCGGUCAAGCACACCUAUGAGUGCUCAUCUAUCUUCGCGACCCAGCACCAAACAAGAUACUCUGCGACCACCCUCCUCCAGUACAACGCAAAUCUUCAACGCGUCGCCAAUUGUGACGGUCAAAACCCGUGAGGAGGCUGCCGAUCUUCGGGAAGACGCAUUUUUCCGUCUUAUCACGGAAAAGAGCAUGAAGAACCGUUCCGGUUGGUGGACCGAGACGGAGCGCGUGGAACUGGAGCAGCAGCUGUACCACAUGCUCGGUGCGGCGGAGGCAGGCGAGGAAGAGCAGCAGGUCCUCAACUUGCUCAAGCGCCGCCCUGGUGCAGAGAUGAACUACGGACAGAGCGACGCCAAGGAGACACCAGAAGAGACCAAGUGGGCCAUUGGAGAGCGACUCGAGGAGCACUACGAUACGCAGAGCGCCAUGAUCUUUGAGAAUUGCAAGCGCGUCCUGGCGGAUAACAGCAGUGAGUUCUACCAGUUCCUGAAGGCGCUGGCCCCCAACGAGGUGCUCUCCUGUCUGCAGGAAGUAAUCAAUGGAUGGGCUGACAUGGAAUGGAUGCAGAAGACGUGUGAUCGUGGCCCCGAGCACUCCUCACUGAUUCACUACCCGUUGGCUGAGGACGCGGACCGCUUAGAGUUGUACGAACGAAAACAGCGCGAAGCACAGCAGCACGUGCAACAAUAUUUGAAGACGCAGCGUCGCAACCUCACCAGCUGGAAGCCGAAUAAAUUGGUCCUCCCGAAGUCGUUGGAUCGUACCAUGGAGAAAAGUGUCCGCACCCUCAGUCAGGACCGCAAGGACGAGCUGCUAGACCGAUUCGGGGACAAAGUGAGCUGUUAUCCGCGCAUGUCGAGGAAAAACUUCCCGGGUCUCAAGAACUUUCCAGACGUAAACAGCGGCCGCUUCGACUACGGCCGCUGGCUUGUGCACAACCUCGCUGCACUCGAACAGGAUCUGGAAAACGAGGGUCUUCAGCUAGACGAUGACGAGCUACGGGCACUCGAGCUAAAGAAGCUAGCCGAAAAGAUGGCAAGGCAGGAAGAAGACCUCAGACCAACGGCAGAAGACCAAAUAAAAGCCACGACGAAUAGAAGAGUUGAGUUAUCAACGAACGAGGCAUCCAGAGUACUUGUUGGCGCAGGAGAUCAGGAUCUUCUUCUGGACGAGGAGCACGGUUUCGACAACGAAGGGGACGACGCCGAAGCAGAAGUUGACGACGGAGACAAUAAUCUUCAUACCGCGAGCACCAUGAGCGCAACGUCUGCUGCUGCUCAGCUUGACAACGCUUAUUUGCGCGCGGAGGAUGGUGAGGACGCUUCAGCCGAUCUUUAUACAGCACUUGCAGGUGCACAAGCUGCCGCGACCGAGGGGCAGCACAAUAGGGCGAACGCGGAGCCACCGAUAAAUCGAGAACACGAAUUGCGAAAGCUGUCGGCUCCGUACCGGGGGUUGCCACAGAGAGCAACACCGAAAUCAGCGCUGAAGAUUUCGUCAGCUACAACACCCUCGAAUGCCCGUCUAGGGUCGUCGCCAUCUAGUGCUGGAACGCUUGCCAACAGAAAGCAAGGAAAACUACCAUCGCCGAGCAAGCAGCAGGUGGACGGUGUCGCGAGCGAACUGUUCACAGACGGCAGCAAACACCAAACUUCAUCCGAGGGGCAGCAUAGCGCAGAGGCGCCGAAUCGUCCGCAUGUGGUCGUAGUCACGGGAGCGAUAGACCAGUCUGUGUCGUCAUUCGAUGGUGCUGCGACGGACACGCAGACAGGAUCGAUGGAAUCGUCCCAGAAUUUCGGUUCGCGCGACGAUCGCGACGCCGGGCCUUCAGCUCCGUUGUUGGGAUCCAAGCAGCGUAAGAAGCGCGCUAGUGCCAUCGCUGAGGACGAAGCCGCGUUGGCUACUCUGAAUCGCGAGUUGGUCAUGCGCCGCGUCGUCAAGGUAGAUCGCGAUGUUUUCGAGGACGUCGCCAGUGGCUACUUACCUGCUUCGAUCGUAGACCUCGUACCUGAAACCUACGCCGCAAUUAAGUCCCCUUCUCCGACUGGUGCUGCUACGAAGAGCAUGGCAUCUUCCUCGCUGAGACAGGGAGGCUCGGCGUCUUUGCCAUCCUCGCCACUUUUUAAUAGAGGAUCCACGGAGGCCGCCCGCGAGCGAACGGCAGCCAGCGCAAGUAAAGCGUCGCGUACGAGCACGAUCCACUCGUCGCUCGACGAGGCUUUCGGCACUACGAGUAACAAAGCGACCAACGGCGACUUAGUGGGCUCUGCUGCGCAGAUGCUCUUGGCCCGUAGGCGUGGACGCGCGCAAGAACUCGCGGUCGCGCAGUACCUGAAUCACAACCAGUACCACAUCGCGUUAGGGGCGACCGGACCAAGACAGGCCCUGCCUGCACUUGCAAACAGUCGCAAAGAAAUCAAGCGAGCGCGCGACUGGGCUGUCGACCCUGCCGACGCGAGCUCGGUUCUCUUGUCUACACCAGACAAAAGCUUCCUGGGAGGUGCAUCGGGUUUUGCGGGGUCAAUGUCGCUAUCCGGACCAAUCGGCUCGAUAUCUCCAAAAAAUAACAGGAGGGGCACAGUCGAGACAGACUUAACAGUCGAGCCUGUCUCGCCGACGCGGCCAUCCACGGCUGUCGUGCCGCCACGUCGAUCUCGCAAUAGCGCCACUUUGGACAUGGAAAACGACUUGCGUCCGCUUCACGAACAGCAUCGACAAGGCGCGGCCACUUCAAGCUCCUCAAUAGGAGGAAUAGUUCAGGCCGAUGCACCUCCUGGUGCAAGAAGUUACGUCCACGUCCAGGACCGGCUGAAGACGGAGGAGAAAGCCGAGGACGGCUCGGACCUGCUGCAAGACAUGCAGGCGCUGGAAGAUCGCCGGGACAUGCAUUUGGACGCUGUUCUCGGAAAAAGUUUGCAUGCACUGCUGCGUCUGGCGACACGCGCGCAGAAGGUCGUGUCACCUGGGACGCAGAUGGUAGUAAGUCUCUCGGAACGCGACAAGCAAUUAGCCGAAGUGGUCUUACAGGAUGCCUGGGCCAACGUAGGCGACGCGCAUGCGCCUGGGGCAGCCGAAAACUUUCUAAGGCGGGGCGUUUCACCGGAGGGGCGCUUAUUGAUCAACAGACUCGAAAAAAUGACACAACUGGAACCUGCACCCGAGAAGAAAAUACCUAGGCUUUCGGAAUCCGGAAAGAGAGCGAUUGAGCAAGCCAAAAGACGCGAAGAAGCGGAACGCGGCACGGAAGAACGUGCUUACCUAAUUACAUACUCUUUAUGAUUAGUUGUAUCUUGAAUAUUAUUUUUGUGCAUUCCCAACUUUUUCUUUGAUAACAACAUCCGCAGCAGCUUCUUUUAGAGCUGAACAAAGAGAAGGCAGGGGCACUGUUUUAACGCUAAGUAAUCAAUCCUAAUUCUUGCAACAACUAGAGUAAGAUCAAAGAUUCUAGUCGAUGAAAGACCUUCGACUUCCAUUAUUCUUUGCCUUACAACUCCUUAAAUUUGUUCGCCAAAACCAAAUCCCUCAGGCCUUGCUGCAAUGGCAACUGGUUAUUCCAUGACACCUUCGUUGCCGAUGUUGUCCAACCUCGCGAGACAAUUCGGGGAACGCAUGCAAACACCUAGAGACGGAGGCUUCCAACAUGGGAAAUCGAGUGCUACUCCCGGAGGUGCGUCUGUCGAGAGCAGUACUUUACAUAUUGAAGCUCCCUACCGGAUGAUCUACGAUGCGACCAAGACCUGCUUGGAUACAGCAAUUGAACAGGGAACUGCUCAAAAGCUGCAAUAA